AUGAUGGCCGACGGGUCGCCUUCCACACUGCGCGAGGAGCUUCUCUCAUUGGAUGCCCAGCGGUUAACAAUCGUGCAGGCGAUGGAAGAGGCCAUGGCGUUUCUCGACACCACACCUGUUGGAAUGCAUGCGCCUCUCGUCGACGAGGAGGGAUUCCCGCGGGAUGACUGCGAUCUGUACGCCGUGCGAAAGGCCCGACACACUGUGAACUGCGGAAAGAAUGAUCUCAAGUCUAUUGAAACCGCCAUGCAUGAGAAACUCGCCCUUCUACAUGAAAAGAAUCAAGAGGAGGCGAAACAGCAAAUGCAGCAGGCGGGUAAGAAGUCUGAAGAAGACGAAAAGGACCAACAAGAGAAGAAGAGGAAAAUAGAAGAAGAAGAACGAAAAAAACGUAUUCGCGAGAUAUCCGGCAAAACUCCAUUUGUGCGUGUAGUGUCUGUGGCGAUGGGAAGUCCCGGUGCGGAGGCUGGUCUCACCGCGGGGGAUCUCAUUCUGCAGUACGGCAGUCUCGACGCCGCUGGGAUCUCACUGCAUGGAUGGGAGGAAAUGGGGCGGGUGACCUCCACACACGAGGGACAGAUGUUAACAGUGUGGAUACGCCGUGAAGAAGGGGAAGAACAGGGAGAAGAGAAUGUAGUGAAUGAGGCACGUGAACUGUUUAUUGUGCCGCAGCGUUGGGCAGGUGGGGGACUUCUUGGCUGUGCGUUUGAGCCGUGUAUACCGGAUCCAUCGGCAUGA